AUGCCUGAUCUCAACUCGGUUCCGCCGUCGCCUCGCGUGCUCGCCACCAGCCGACAGCCGACCUCUUCGACCAUGAUACCCUCCUCCUCGACGACAAACCAGGGACACAUGCCUCCACCGCCGCUGCCGGCCUCGCCAUCGUCCAUGCACGUCUUCCCAUCGAACCAGAUGGCCGUCAGCCAGGGCACCGCCCAAACGGCCGCCCUGCCUUCGCCCUACUUUCCGCCGCCGGCAACAUUCAUCUUGGCCAGUCCUCCGGCUGAUGGACCUGGAGUCGGCCCAGGUCCGGGCCCUCUUCGUCUCCCCCGGCCGCUGACGGCGGCAGAGCUGCACAUGCAGCUCGAGAAGGAGCAGGAGGCUGUGGUUAACCGGCUGACGCGCGAGCUGACGCUGCUGCGCGCUCAAAACGCCUCAGUCGUGUCCAACGCCUCGUCCACGUCUAACGGCGCCGUCUCGGAUGCAUCGAUCCCCUCGUCAGCUCCCGUCCAGGACGCUCACUCGCUGCUCUCUGGCACCACCGGCUUCUCCAUCCCCUCUUCUGCCGGCCGCCAUAGCCGCACCUACUCCAACACCAGCACCCGCAGUCAGACCGCUGCUGCUGGCAGCACGCCGUCUGUCGUGGCCAUCACCUCGCCGGCUCCCAUUCGUCCGGCCGCUCCGGUGCCCAUCCGUCCGGCCGCUGCCCCUGGCCUGAGCCGCCAGAACAGCGCUGCCUCGCGCCGCAGUCACACCAACUCGCCCGGACCCCCGUCGCUGUCGCAGUCUUACAGCCACUCGUACCUCAACGACCCGCUCAUGGCCGGAAACUUCCACCAGCACCAGCACCCGCACCAGCACCCCCAUCAGCACAUUCACACUCACUCGUACUCGCACCAGCAGGUGGCCCACGGCAUCCGUGGGGCUACGCCGUCGUCCAAUGACCUGUCACCGUCCAUCGUGCCUGGGACUGCCCGCUACGAAGAAACGGCCUUUUACCGGGCCGAACUGGAGAACGUGAAGCGCGAGAACGAGGCCCUCAAGCGCCGCAUCCGGGAGCUGGAGCGUACCGCAGCAGCUGCUGCAAGUGUGGCAGGAACACCAGCCUCGUCGGCCUCUGCUACGGUUGCUUCCUCUCAGCUGCAGCAGCCACAACAACAACAGCAACAGCCGCUACAGCCACCACAACCACAGCACCACCAUCACCAGCCACGGGGACGACACGAGCGCCACUCCAGCGAGAUCAGCCGCGGACGAAGCGAGAGCGUCAGCACCACGGGCAGCCUGAGCGCCAUGCCGUCUGGGUCGGUGGUCGGCCAGCCCACUGGAUCAGCAUCCGUCCUGCCGGCAGGCUUUCCCGGACCGCUGGUGGGCGGCGCCGGUAUCGCAGGCCGGCGCGAGAGCGUCCGGGAGCGGGUCACCAGCAUGCUGAGCAUGACCGGCAGCGUGGCUGGCAGCGUUGGCGUUGGUGUGCCUGAGGACGAGCUGCAGGUCGGCGAGAGCGCUGCCAGCGCUGGCCUGAGUGCUCAAGAGGCCGGCAGCAGCGGCCCGCCGGUAUAG